UCAGUUUCCGUUUUUCUUUGUGUGUGUGUGUGUGUGUGUGUGUGUGUGUGUGUGCGUGCACGUGCGUAUUGCUUAAUGAUGAGUGUUGCGGUGAUGAAGAUGGGUCUGGUGCUCAGUACCAUGGCCAUGCUGACCAACUGGAUGUCCCAGACGCUGCCCAGACUGGUGGGACUGGACCAGACGGGAGCUCGACCAGGAACCUCAGAGAAGUACAUCAGCGUGGUGUAUCCGGGGCAGGAUGAAGGCUGGCAGCUCUUUGGUUCAGUGUCUGAUGUAGGAGGAAAGUGUGUGUGUCGUCUCCUCGCUCCCCCGCUGAACCACUGCCGGACAGAACCACGAUACACUCGCUUUCGCCAACUCGCCGAGCACGUCCAGAAUGUAUCUCGCUAUUUGGAAAUGUUCGAUUGGCAAACAUCUCGAGAUCUGCAGCAUAUCAGAGCCAUGGAGCAGAAGAUCAUGGGUGUGGAAAUGAGAGUGAAGACAGCACUCUCCCACCCUCAUACAGUCACUGAGAAAGUUCUACAGGACCUGGAGCAGAGUUUGUUGGAGUGUGUUCCUCUGCGCCUCGUGUUGGCCCGGUUCAGGUCGGAGGUGUUGAAGGUGGAGGUGUUGAAGAGGGAGAUGGAGAGUGUGAGCUUGAGCCUUGGUCAGGAGCAGACACACACCUACAGCAGUGUCCAACAGCUGGAGCAGAAAGAGAUGCAGCUGCAAAGCCGUCUGCACACCUGUGCUAGCUCAAUUGGUUGUGGUAAGCUAAUGGGCAUCGGUAACCCGGUCACCAUCAGGUCCUUUGGGUCCCGAUUUGGCUCUUGGAUGAUGGACAGUAUGAUUUCCAGCUCUGAUGAGCGAGUUUGGUGGAUGGACGGCUACUUUAAAGGGAAGCGUGUGUUUGAAUACAGGUCGCUGAGGGACUUCACUACAGGACACAACUUUGUAGUGCACCAACUUCCUCAUCCAUGGUCAGGUACAGGUCACGUGGUGUAUAACGGCUCUCUCUACUAUAAUAAACACCAGAGUAACGUUAUUGUGCGCUAUCACCUGCACUCUCGCAGCGUUCUAACACAGCACACGCUCUCCCAGGCCGCCUACAACAACACCUUCCCCUACUCCUGGGGCGGAUCCUCAGACAUCGACCUCAUGGCGGAUGAAAGUGGUCUCUGGGCGGUCUAUACCACUCUGACGCACGGGGGGAACUUGGUCCUAGGCCGUCUGGACCCUGUCACUCUGGAGCUGCUCCAGUCCUGGGACACGGGUUUCCCGAAACGCAGUGCUGGAGAAGCUUUCAUCGUCUGCGGCUCGCUCUACGUCACCGACUCGCACCUAAACGGAGCCAAGAUCCACUUCAUCUACCACACUGAGAGCCACAUGUAUGAGUACACACACAUCCCAUUCCACAACCAGUACUCACACAUCUCCAUGAUGGACUACAACCCCAGGGAGAAGGCACUGUACGCCUGGAACAACGGACACCAGGUCAUCUACAACAUCACUCUCCUGCAGGAGGUCAAGACCUUCUCAGAUGUGUAGGCUCUAAACAACAUUUCAGAACCGGCCAACCUUCAUUCUCCAUUAACACCUAGAAGAAACGUUCCAAACACUAAACAUCAAACAUCUGUCAUUGCCUUCACCCCCAACAUGUCUGUCUGUUACAGCUACUGAAGUGAUGGUGGAGGAAGAGAUGAAUGGAGGAGUAGAAGUAAAAUGAAUGGAUGGAAAAGGUAAGAAGGAAGGAAGGAUGGAAGCAAGGAUUGGAGGACAGAUAGUGAAAGGGAUGACUAGAAAGAUGGAUUGGAGGAAGGAUAAAAAGAAUGGCAAAGAGAAGUGGAGAGAUGACGAGAGCCAGAAGUACAAAUGGAACCAAGAAGUGAACUUCAGGAUAUUUUGAUGUCAUUACUGUGUGUGUGUGUGUGUGUGUGUGUGUGUGUGUGUGUGUGUGUGUGUGAAUGAUUUACUGUCUGCAUGCCCAUGAUGUUCUGUACAUGUGGAAUGAAUAUUAAAGUGUGAAACAUGCUUUAGUGAGUUGUAUUUGUCGAACACAUCAACAA